GUGCUGCCUCUCUCCUCUCUGGCUUGGCGUGGAUCUGUGAUAGACAGUGGAGAGUGAUAAGAGGACUGAGAGUAAGAGUGAGGGGAAGAAGGGAAUAACCAGAGUGCAGGAGGUGGACUGUGGACAUGGAUGCCCUAGCACUAGAGGCCACUGGUGGUAAAAAGGCAGUUAAUGGGGUGGCAGCGGCGGCUCCCCCACUGCCAGCUGCAGCCCCCGUCAAACGCAAACCUGCUAAAAAAGCUAAAAAGGCUGUUGUUUUCUUUGAGGUGGAGAUACUGGAUGCCAAGACCAAGGACAAGCUCUGCUUUCUGGACAAGGUCGAGCCAAAUGCCACCAUUGGGGAGAUCAAAUCCAUGUUCCACAAGAGCCAUCCUCAGUGGUACCCAACCAGACAGUCGAUUCGCCUCGACCCCAAGGGGAAGUCUCUGAAGGAUGAGGAUGUUCUGCAGCAUCUCCCUGUGGGAACCACAGCAACGUUCUACUUCAGAGACUUGGGAGCUCAGAUCAGCUGGGUCACGGUCUUUCUGACGGAGUAUACUGGUCCUCUGGUCAUCUACCUGAUGUUCUACUUUAGGGUUCCUUUCAUUUACGCACCCAAAUAUGAUUUUACCACCAGUAAACACUGGGUCGUACAUCUCGCCUGUAUGUGUCACUCUUUCCACUAUGUCAAGAGACUCCUGGAGACACUGUUUGUUCAUCGCUUCUCUCAUGGAACUAUGCCACUACGCAACAUCUUUAAGAACUGUACAUACUACUGGGGCUUUGCGGCAUGGAUGGCCUACUACAUCAACCACCCACUGUAUACGCCACCCAUAUACGGGGAGCCACAAAUUAGACUGGCCCUCAUCCUGUUCUUGUUCUGUCAGAUUGGCAACUUCUCCAUUCACAUUGCUCUGAGGAACCUCCGUCCACCAGGCUCCAAGACCAGGAAGAUUCCUUAUCCAACCAAGAAUCCCUUCACCUGGAUUUUCUUGCUCGUCUCCUGCCCCAACUACACCUAUGAGUUGGGCUCCUGGCUGGGCUUCACUCUCAUGACACAGUGCCUGCCCGUGGCUUUCUUCACUCUAGUGGGUUUCAUCCAGAUGACUGUGUGGGCCAAAGGGAAGCACCGCAGCUACCUGAAGGAGUUCCGCGACUACCCUCCACUCCGCUCUCCCAUCCUGCCGUUCAUCCUGUAGAGGGCUGAUUAGCCGCACCCUCACUAUCCGGCCCUCCCCAGUUGUAGGAGCCAAGUACAUUAACUGAGGGUUGCAUCUCCCUUUUUCUCGUCUCCAAAGUCUUCAGCGGAAGUUAAUAGAUUGACUGACUCUUAACUCUGUCCUUUUCCUUUUUUUUCCCCAAACUGCAUUUUCCUUCCUCUUCUAGAUCUGUGUCAUAAGUGAAAACAUGAAACACUGCAUUUUUUCUUAAACUAACAAACCAAUUCUGAUUGGUUAACUGGUGUAUGUGCAUUUGAUUUCCCAGAGCAUUCUUCACUUUCAUGCUACACAGUGUUUACUGAAAGACUUGCUGCACUCCCGCACUGUCAGGUGUCUACUAACCAUUUGAUUUUUUUUCUGGAUCUGAUGCAACAUCUGGUGAAAUUCAGUAAAUCUUCACCUGUUCAGUUUUAUACACAUUAGUUUAAACUAGAUCACAACAGCAUUUGAUUUUGUUGAUGUCUGAAAUAAUUUAUUAAAAAAAGGUUAACAAAA